AUGCACAUAUCCCCCGUCUCUCUCUCCCUCUCUGUGCAUGGAUUUGGUGAUUGUCGAAAGCCACUGCAUGAAACAGCUGUUCUUUUGGAAGAGAUCGUUCAUUCUCAAAUGGUUUCCCUGUUGUAUCAAGCAUCUGAGGUUGCGACAAAGAGGAAUGGACGCUUCAUCAGUUUGGAAGAUUUUUUAUUCCUUCUCCGAAAAGACAAGGUAAAGUUACGGCGUCUGCUUCGCUACAUGGAAUUGAAAGAUCUAAAGACUUCUGUUCUUCGAGGUUUAGAUGAUGAAGAGACUGCAGAAACUGCAGCAGAAAAACAAGCACAGCCUCCGCAAAAGAAACGCCGAAAACUUUGUUAUGAUUUUAUAGCUGAAGCCAUUCAUUCUCUGUCUCUCUCUUCCAGUGAAGCCAUUCAUUCUCUGUCUCUCUCUUCCAGUGAAGCCAUUCAUUCUCUGUCUCUCUCUUCCAGUGAAGCCAUUCAUUCUCUGUCUCUCUCUUCCAGUGAAGCCAUUCAUUCUCUGUCUCUCUCUUCCAGUGAAGCCAUUCAUUCUCUUGAAGCCAUUCAUUCUCUGUCUCUCUCUCUUCCAGUGAAGCCAUUUAUUCUCUCUCUCUCUCUUCCAGUGAAGCCAUUUAUUCUCUGUCUCUCUCUUCCAGUGAAGCCAUUCAUUUUCUGUCUCUCUCUUCCAGUGAAGCCAUUCAUUCUCUGUCUCUCUUCCAGUGAAAGACCAUUCAUUCUCUGUCUCUCUCUUCCAAAAGGCCAUUCAUUCUCUGUCUCUCUCUUCCAUGAAGCCAUUCAUUCUCUGUCUCUCUCUUCCAGUGAAGCCAUUCAUUCUCUGUCUCUCUCUUCCAUGAAGCCAUUCAUUUCUCUGUCUCUCUCUUCCAGUGAAGCCAUUCAUUCUCUGUCUCUCUCUUCCAGUGAAGCCAUUCAUUCUCUGUCUCUCUCUUCCAAUGAACCAUUCAUUCUCUGUCUCUCUCUUCCAGUAAAGCCAUUCAUUCUCUGUCUCUCUCUUCAUGAAGCCAUUCAUUCUCUGUCUCUUUCUUCCAGUGAAGCCAUUCAUUCUCUGUCUCUCUCUUCCAGUGAAGCCAUUCAUUCUCUGUCUCUCUCUUCCAGUGAAGCCAUUCAUUCUCUGUCUCUCUCUUCCAGUGAAGCCAUUCAUUCUCUGUCUCUCUCUCUUCCAGUGAAAGCCAUUCAUUCUCUGUCUCUCUCUUCCAGUGAAGCCAUUCAUUCUCUGUCUCUCUCUUCCAGUGAACCAUUCAUUCUCUGUCUCUCUCUUCCAGUGAAGCCAUUCAUUCUCUGUCUCUCUCUUCUUAGUGAAGCCAUUUAUUCUCUCUCUCUCUCUUCCAGUGAAGCCAUUCAUUCUCUGUCUCUCUCUUCCAGUGAAGCCAUUCAUUCUCUGUCUCUCUCUUCCAGUGAAGCCAUUCAUUCUCUGUCUCUCUCUUUUGAAGCCAUUCAUUCUCUGUCUCUCUCUUCAGUAAAGCCAUUCAUUCUCUCUCUCUCUCUCUUCCAUGAAGCCAUUUAUUCUCUCUCUCUCUCUCUUCCAGUGAAGCCAUUUAUUCUCUCUCUCUCUCUCUUCCAUUCUCUCCAUUUAUUUCUCUCUCUCUCUCUUCCAGUCUCUCCAUUUUUUUCUCUCUCUCUCUCUUCCAGUGAAUUCCAUUUAUUCUCUCUCUCUCUCUCUUCCAGUGAAGCCAUUUAUUCUCUCUCUUCUCUCUCUUCCAUUUAUUUUCUUCUUAUUCUCUCUCUCUCUCUUCCAGUGAAGCCAUUUAUUCUCUCUCUUCCUCAUUUAUUCUCUCUCUUCCACCAUUUAUUCUCUCUCUCUCUUCCAGUGAAAGCCAUUUAUUCUCUCUCUUCCAGUGAAGCCAUUUAUUUUCUCUCUUCCAGUGAAGCCAUUUAUUCUCUCUCUUCCAGUGAAGCCAUUUAUUCUCUCUCUUCCAGUGAAGCCAUUUAUUCUCUCUCUUCCAGUGAAGCCAUUUAUUCUCUCUCUUCCAGUGAAGCCAUUUAUUCUCUCUCUUCCAGUGAAGCCUUUUAUUCUCUCUCUUCCAUAUUCUCCAUUUAUUUUCUCUCUCUUCCAGUGAAGCCAUUUAUUCUCUCUCUUCCAGUGAAGCCAUUUAUUCUCUCUCUUCCAGUGAAGCCAUUUAUUCUCUCUCUUCCAGUGAAGCCAUUUAUUCUCUCUCUUCCAGUGAAAUUUUUUUUCUCUCUCUUCCCUGAAGCCAUUUAUUCUCUCUCUUCCAGUGAAGCCAUUUAUUCUCUCUCUUCCAGUGAAGCCAUUUAUUCUCUCUCUUCAUUUGAAGCCAUUUAUUCUCUCUCUUCAGUGAAGCCAUUUAUUCUCUCUCUUCCAGUGAAGCCAUUUAUUCUCUCUCUUCCAGUGAAGCCAUUUAUUCUCUCUCUUCCAUUUCUCCAUUUAUUCUCUCUCUUCCACCAUUUCUUUCUCUCUCUUCCAGUGAAGUCCAUUUAUUCUCUCUCUUCUUCAGUGAAGCCAUUUAUUCUCUCUCUUCCAGUGAAGCCAUUUAUUCUCUCUCUUCCAGUGAAGCCAUUUAUUCUCUCUCUUCCAGUGAAGCCAUUUAUUCUCUCUCUUCCAGUGAAGCCAUUUAUUCUCUCUCUUCCAGUGAACUCCAUUUAUUCUCUCUCUUCCAUUGAUUUCCAUUUAUUCUCUCUCUUCCAUGAAGCCAUUUAUUCUCUCUCUUCCAGUGAAGCCAUUUUUCUCUCUCUUCCUCUCCCUUUUCUCUCCAUUUAUUCUCUCUCUUCCAAAAAAGCCAUUUCUCUCUCUCUUCUUCAUCUCCAUUUAUUCUCUCUCUUCUCCCCUUUCUCUCAUUUAUUCUCUCUCUUCCAGUUUCCAUUUUCUUCUCUCUCUUCCAGUGAACCAUUUAUUCUCUCUCUUCCAGUGAAGCCAUUUAUUUCUCUCUCUUCCAGUGAAGCCAUUUAUUCUCUCUCUUCCAGUGAAGCCAUUUAUUCUCUCUCUUCCAGUCUUCCAUUUAUUCUCUCUCUUCCAGUGAAGCCAUUUAUUCUCUCUCUUCCAGUGAAGCCAUUUAUUCUCUCUCUUCCAGUCUUCCAUUUAUUCUCUCUCUUCUUUGAAGCCAUUUUCUCUCUCUCUCUUCCAGUGAAGCCAUUUAUUCUCUCUCUUCCAGUGAAAGCCAUUUAUUCUCUCUCUUCCAGUGAACCAUUUUUUCUCUCUCUCUUCCAUGAAGCCAUUUUUCUCUCUCUUCCAGUGAAGCCAUUUAUUCUCUCUCUUCCAGUGAAGCCAUUUAUUCUCUCUCUUCCAGUGAAGCCAUUUAUUCUCUCUCUUCCAGUGAAGCCAUUUAUUCUCUCUCUUCCAGUGAAGCCAUUUAUUCUCUCUCUUCCAGAAAUAAGUGAAGCCAUUUAUUCUCUCUCUCUCCCUUCCAGUGAAGCUUUUUAUUCUCUCUCUUCCAGUCCCAUUUAUUCUCUCUCUCUUCCAGUGAAGCCAUUUAUUCUCUCUCUCUCCAGUGAAGCCAUUUUAUUCUCUCUCUUCCCAAAAAGCCAUUUAUUUCUCUCUCUCCCAGUGAAGCCAUUUAUUCUCUCUCUCUCCCACCAUUUAUUCUCUCUCUCUCCCAGUGAAGCCAUUUAUUCUCUCUCUCUCCCAGUGAAGCCAUUUAUUCUCUCUCUUCCAGUGAAGCCAUUCAUUCUCUCUCUUUUCUUCUUUAAAAGCCAUUUAUUCUCUCUCUCUUCCAGUAAAAGCCAUUCAUCUCUCUCUCUCUCUCUCCCCCAUUCAUUCUUUCUCUCUCUCUCUCUUCCAGUGAAGCCAUUUAUUCUCUCUCUCUCUCUCUUAAUUUAUGAAGCCAUUCAUUUCUCUCUCUCUCUUCCAGUGAAGCCAUUCAUUCUUCUCUCUCUCUCUUCCAUGAAGCCAUUUCAUUCUCUCUCUCUUCCAGUGAAGCCAUUUAUCUCUCUCUCUCUCUCCCAGUUUUUCCAUUUAUUCUCUCUCUCUCCCAGUGAUAGCCAUUUCUUCUCUCUCUCUCUCCCAGUGAAGCCAUUUAUUCUCUCUCUCUCCUUCCCAGUAAAAGCCAUUUAUUCUCUCUCUCUCUCCUUCCCAGUCAAAAUCCAUUUAUUCUCUCUCUCUUUCCCAGUGAAGCCAUUUAUAUUCUCUCUCUCUCUCUCCCCUCCCAUAUAUAAAAUUCAAUUUCUCUCUCUCUCUCUCUCUCUUAAUAUAGCAAUAUCAAUUCAUCUCUCUCUCUCUCUCUCUCUCUCUCUCAGCCAAUAUAGCAAUUCAUUCUCUCUCUCUCUCUCUCUCUCUCUCAGCCAAUAUAGCAAUUCAUUCUCUCUCUCUCUCUCUCUCUCUCUCUCAGCCAAUAUAGCAAUUCAUUCUCUCUCUCUCUCUCUCUCUCUCAGCCAAUUCUGUCACAAGGCUACAAAUCGUAGGUUCUCUCCCUGCUUUUUCUUCCCACUCCUCCUUAUGCCCUCCUCUUGUUAUUCAGCUAAAUGCAUCACACGUAUUUGCAAACAUAACAUCUUUACUUUUAUGAGAACACUUGAAAACUUCAUUGACAUUGAAAUCAUUACCCUCCACCCCGCCGUCACCAGCUUUACACUAAAUUGCCUCUGUACCGUCUGCACCAAUUGGCCCUGCGUACAUGUUCCCAAUUUGUGCCUAAUGUAUUUUCCAAGUGUCUCUCCUAAAUUCUACCUACUAUCUCCUCCUCUUCUUCCACCUUCAAAUUUUUUUUUUUCUUUUUUUUUUUUUUUCUUCUCUUUCUUUUUUUUUUUUUUCUUCUCUUUCUUUGUUUUUUUUUCUUCUCUUUCUUUGUUUUUUUUUCUUCUCUUUCUUUGUUUUUUUUUCUUCUCUUUUCUUUCCUUUCUCAGAGAAUUGCUGAUGUUGUUUGAGGAUGACAGUGUGGAUGAAGUCAAGCAUGAAAGACUUAUGCGAGCAGAGCUGCUGUCGCGCAACAUGGACCCACAGCAAUAUCGAGAAUUUUGUGAAUCUCGCCAGGUUAACUUUUCACGACGAUACAAAUCACAGCGAUUCAAAGAUUGGCUCAUGACUGGUGUAUCAGUCGACCCUAAACCUAACCCCCUGGCUUUAGAGAUGUUCAGCUAUCUAGCUUAUGAGACUGUUGCACAGCUGAUUGAUCUGGCUCUGAUUGUCAAGCGAGAUGCUGUGGGUCUUUCUGGUGAUCCCCUGACCAAACAUAUGCCCAGCUUCUGUUCAAGUUAUUAUGAAGCAUUCCAAGAUUCAGCAAUUACCAAUACUGUAUCAGGUUCCAAUACAGCAACACAGAUGACUGGUAAAGGUCCAGGUUUGGUGUCUCCAAAUCAGAGUCCACCUUCAACUCCCUCCACACCAGUGUCAGCGGUGCCCACUUUGCCAGGGGGCCCUCUGUCCACCUCCCAGGGUGGCACUGGCAGCAACAGCUCGGCCUCUGGUACUGCGGUCAACACUGUGGCCAAUUCUGCUGGUACCAACGCCGCUGGUCUGCCAGGAUCCAAGUCUAAGUCGAAGAAGAGAAAGAAGGUUAGUGACAGUGACUGCCACACUAAAAACCAAUGA